ACAACGAAAUAUUAGUUUGAGUUUUCUCACUUAUUAUUAAGUUUUCUCAAAAUCUAAACAAAAAUGCAGAGGCAGGUGGCACUCAUUAAGCAGUCCCUCUUUGAUCAGGGAUAUCUCGACGAACAAUUUAUGGAGUUAGAAGAGCUCCAAGAUGAUGCGAACCCUAAUUUUGUUGAAGAAGUAUCCACAUUAUACUUCAAAGAUUCAGCUCGACUGAUCAAUAACAUUGACCAAGCUUUGGAAAGAGGAUCAUUUGAUUUCAAUCGGCUAGAUAGUUACAUGCAUCAGUUUAAGGGAAGCAGCACCAGCAUUGGGGCAAAUAAGGUGAAGGCUGAAUGCACUAAGUUUAGGGAAUACUGCCGAGCUGGAAAUGCUGAAGGAUGCUUGAGGACAUUUCAGCAACUGAAGAAAGAACACUCGACGUUGAGAAAGAAGCUUGAACAUUAUUUCCAGUUGGCGAGGCAGGCGGGGCCUAAGGAGACAGCACGUAGACCCAAGUAAAGAGAGCGAGAGAUAAAUGAGGAAUCGUCGUCAAAUUUUGUAGAAAAUAAUAAGUACUAAUAAAAUUGUUCCUCUUUUUUUUUUUAAUAUAUAUUACAAUGUACGUUAA